UUUUAUUAAAACGGUUUUAUCAGUCGUGUAAACGUAGUCAGAGACUAGCGUAUGGACCAACAACAAGGUUCAAAAAGCCAUAACUGUAUCAAAUCAAACGUUCCUCGCUUAAAAGUGUGUUGAUUCUUGUUUCCCUUUUACUCGUGGAACUUUACUCACUCAAUUUAUUCUUAUUUUUCUUAAUAAACUAACACUUGCAAAAUCUGGAAUACUUAAAAAAGAAAAAAUAAGUAGUUAUAUUUUAUUUGAUUCAUCGAAAAAUGAGUUAUAGUAAAAAGCAUAAAGUUUUAUUGCAAGCUAUUAUACAAGAAGGUGCUUUGAGUGAAUAUGAGGGAAAGAAAUUAGUUUUGGAAUUAUUUGGUCAUGAUCAUAUAGCAAAAGUGCUAAAUGAUAUAAAUAUUAAGUUGCAACUACUAAACAUGACUAUAAAAUGUGUAAAUUGUGAAGUUACUGGUAAUUUAUAUUGGAUUCUUGCAAGUACAGUACAAGAAAAAUCUGCUAACUUUCCUCUUGAGUUUUCACAAGCUCAGUUAGAGCUAUUACGUAACAUAUAUUCUGAAAUAAUUACUUCAAACACUGGUAAAGUGUCAAGUACAUGGUGCCUUAACUUAUGUUCAACAUUAAAUCACAGAUUGACUAAAACUGAAGCAGAAGAAUUUUUACAAUUACUGGUUAAUAGAAAAUGGUUAUUUUAUAAGAAUGGAAAAUACUACAUAGGCGUGAGAAGCAUAGCAGAACUACAGCAAUAUUUCAAGGACACAUAUGAUGACAAUUUUACAACUUGUAUCUUAUGCAAGCAAUCUCUUUAUUAUGGUGCAAAGUGUGACUCAUGUGAUACUACGACACAUGUUUAUUGCUUAAAAGCUUAUAUGAGAAAUAGUAAAUUGGGAUGUCCUAAUUGUCAUUCUGCAAUGCCAGGAAUUACUUAUUCUGAUGAUACUAAUUCAUUACAAAACUAAGUAAAACUAAGUUCGAUGCUAUAAACAUGAAAUAAUAAAGGGAUGAAACAACAGUUACCAAGAUUCAGUAAGAAGUUCAAAAGGCACUUGUAACGCUGUGUGAUUAUUAUUUCUAAUUCAUUACAAAACUUAUUAUUUAUAAAAUUCGCUGAAAAAUUUUAAA